CCUCACCCAUCUCUGCCUCCACUACUCCCAUCCAUCUUCUUUCUUAUCUCUCCCGUCCGUUCGCGUUUCCAACUCCGCCACCCAACUCACCCUCCAUUUCUUGCCUUCCCCCGCCGGCUCUAGCUCCGUCUCGUAAUCGGAGGUAAUGGCCGUGCAGGCGCAGUACCUCUCCCACGCCUUCCCCCACGACUUCUAUGGCCUCCGGGCGAUGGAGGGAGCGACGGCGGUGGGUUCUUUGUUCUUGGAUGAUCACGGCGGGUGCGCGCCCGGGUCGGCGGGGAUCGGGCACACGGUGUUGAGCGACCUCCCGCGGAGCGAGCUUACUUGCAACGACAAUAACGGCGGAGGGUACGGGUUCGUGCCGACGAAGAGGGCGCGCGUGGAGGCUGACGAGGCGGGCGCGGCGUUGAUGGCGGCGGCGCAGCAGCGGAUGGUUAUUCCGACGAAUGGCCUUGUUGUGCCCGGAGACGUGCAGGGCAGGGCGAUGGGGUGCGGCGUGGCGUCCACCAGCGGGAGGAUCGCCAAUGCCGCGGGCCUCUCGCAGGGCCUCCUAUCGCAGCUCUACCACCAGGGCGUGGAGAUCGACGCGCUCGUCCGGCUCGAGACCGAGAGGAUGCGGGUGGGGCUCGAGGAUGCUCGCCGACGUCACGUGCGCGCGGUGGUGUCUACCGUCGAGCGCGCCGCGGCAGGAAGGCUUCGUGCCGCGGAGGUCGAGCUCGAGCGCGCGAGGUGCCGCAACGUCGAGCUCGAGGAGAGGCUCCGCCAGAUGACCGCGGAGGGCCAUGCGUGGCUGAGCGUGGCCAAGAGCCACGAGGCCGUCGCCGCCGGCCUCCGUGCCACCCUCGAUCAGCUCAUGCAGUCUCCGGGCGCCCUGAACGGCAACACCGGUGGCGAGGGCGACGCCGAGGACGCGCAGUCCUGCUGCUUCGAGACACCGGAGGGCGACCAAGCGGGCGCUGACGACGCGGCCUCGAAAUCCGUGGCCGCGCUGUGCAAGUCCUGCGGCGCCGGCGUGGCAUCCGUGCUACUGCUCCCCUGCCGGCACCUCUGCCUGUGCAGUGGCUGCGAGGCCGCCUUGGACGCCUGCCCCGUUUGCGGGGCCAAGAAGAACGCUUCGCUCCAUGUCCUGCUGUCCUGAUCACACAGCCAGCCUGGCCUUGGCCAGGCGUGCCUCGCGUGGCCGAGCUCGUCGUCGUCUUCCCCAACGUCUCGGCCGCUCUGGCGCCUACUGCUUGCCACGGCGGCAUAUGAUUUUUGGGGAUAUUGAACUUCUGUUGGACGCUACUAGUAAAAAUUAACAUGGCCGCAUGUAGUCUAGGUUAAUCUUUUGUUAUUAUUACCUGCCAAUGUAUUGAGCCAAGCCUACUUUCCUGAACUGCUGUUCAUAACCCAACCCUCUGUACAUGAUGCCGAAUUUUUUUUUUGGUAGAAAACGUGCUGUAAUCUCGAAGAAA